CCUCAUCUCACACGACACAAUCCCAUGGCAACCUCCUCCAACCAACCCCGCUACGGUCUGAACCGCCCUGCCCCUGGUCCCGGUGCCCCAACAUUCAGCACGCCCGCCUUCCCGUCCGCACCAAAGAACGCCCAGCGCCUCGAAUCCGAGCGUCUCGAGCGCGAACGGCUCGCGCGAGAAUCGCGCCUCGCCUCGUCCGCCAUGGAUGCACAGGCCCUGGCCUCGCUAUCCGAGGAGCAAAGAGAAGAAAUAUCCGAAGCAUUCAACCUAUUCGACCUAGACAAAGACGGCUACAUCGACUACCACGAGCUAAAAGUCGCCAUGAAAGCGCUGGGUUUCGACCUUCCUAAACAAGAAAUCCUCUCCAUUCUCCAACAACACGGCACCGUCCCCUCCACCACCCAAAACUCCAAGCAACCAGCGCGCGACAGCGCAAGAGCGGCCGCACAAUCCGCCUACCCGCCUCCCUCCCGACCCUUGUUAUCCUUUCAAUCUUUCCAAGCGCUGAUGGCGCAACGCAUCGUAGCGCGGAACCCUGAAGACGAGAUUUUGCGGGCCUUUGAGCUGUUCGACGAGGGCGGGAAGGGCCGGAUUACGCUGCAGGAUCUGCAGCGUGUGGCGAGGGAACUUGGCGAGACGCUGGGGAAUGAUGAGUUGGUUGCUAUGAUUGAAGAAUUUGAUUUGGACGGGGAUAAUGCGAUUAGUAGGGAGGAGUUUGUGGGGAUAUGUUUGGGGUAG